AUGACUUACAGACAUAGUCCAUCAAGUUCUGCAUAUAUAAAUCCAUGUCUUUAACUCCUCAUUCCUACUGUGCAUUAAUUCAGAGACAUUCAAAAGGAAGCUGUGGAGUAAGUAAGAACUCCCAGAAAUGAACCCCACAAACACAACGGCCAAUGGAGGUGCAACACCACGACCACAACCAACAAGAACAAAAACAAUAAUUCGGAACCUACCUAUUCGAGAUCUACUUGGAAAUAGAGCGCAGUACCUCAGCAUUUGCGUUCCUCUCUAUAAUGCAUCAAUCAAUGGUGAUUGGGAAGCUGCUCAAAUCAUUCUUGAUAAACAUCAAUAUCUAGAUCUGGUAGGAUAUGCUAUAAGUGAAAACUAUGAUACUGCACUUCACAUUGCAGCAUCUGCGAAAUGCAGUAAACAGAUAGAAAAGUUUGUAGAAAAUCUGGUGAACAAGAUGACAAGGGAACAGUUAGAACUCAAGAAUGAUAAUGACAAUACUGCAUUUUGUUUAGCAGCAGCUGCGGGAAAUGUCAAAACUGUUAUGACUAUGUUGGAAAAGAACGGGACCCUUGGGGAUAUCACUGGUAGUAAUGGAAUGAUGCCACUCUAUAUGGCAUCAUUAUUUGGAAAACAUGAAAUGGUGAAUUAUCUUUAUGAUAAAUCUGGGGAGAUGCAUGGAGAUUGUUGGACAGAUAAGAAUCGCAGUUGGGUUCUACAGAAAUGCGUGGAAGCUGAUCAAUAUGAUAUUGCAUUGAAAAUAGUGUCCCGAUGGCCAUUGCUAGCAAAAAGUGGGAUUUUACUUGGAGUUUUGGCUCGAAAACCUGACGCAUUUAAGGGGAUAAAACCGCAUUUUAUCUGGCGAAUCAUAUGUCCAAUUUUGGCGUUGAUUCAUGUGAAGGUUGGGCCUUCUGAAAAAGCAACUGAUGCCAUGGAAUUACUAAAAAUUAUUUGGUCAGAAAUUGUGAAAUUAUCCAAGGAUGAAAUCAGUGGUAUUAUCAGAGGGCCAGCUGACCUACCAACAAAUAGUGGAAAGGAAAAGGAAGAUGUCGAGCAACUUCUUGGGUCCAUCUUGGAAAAUGUUGCGAAGAUGCCCACAAGAAUUCAUAACCUAUGGAGUAGAAGGCAAGGUGAUCAAGAAGUAAAAGGUGUAAAUCAAACAUUCUCUUCACGUGUACUAUUUGUCGCUGCAGAGAUGGGAAACACUGAAUUUCUAGUGGAGCUAAUUCGGCAAUAUCCAGAUUUAAUAUGGAAGACAAAUGAUAACGAGCAAACUAUAUUUCAUGUUGCUAUCUCACAUCGUCAUGAGGGUAUCUACAAUCUUCUACAUGAGAUUGGCUCGAUGAAAGAUAUGAUAACACCUAUGAAGGAUCGGAAAGGAAAUAAUAUGUUACAUUUAGUUGGGAAGUGUGCAAAGAAAAAGAGACUUCAAGUAAUUUCAGGGGUUGCUCUACAAAUGCAACGAGAGUUGUUGUGGUUCAAGGAAGUAGAAGGUAUGAUUCCUCCUUCUUAUCGAGAAAGGAAGAACAAUGAUGGAUUAACACCACAUGAACUGUUCAGCAAGGAGCACAAAGAUCUACUCUCUUCAGGUGAAAAGUGGAUGAAAGAGACAGCUAGUCAAAGUAUGGUGGUGGCAGCUCUUAUAGCUACCAUUGUUUUUGCAGCAGCGUUUACAGUUCCUGGUGGUUAUAAUCAAACUAAUGGUGUUCCUAUGUUCUUUCAUAAAAGAUCUUUCAUAGUAUUUGUCAUAUCGGAUGCCAUUUCUUUGACAUUCUCGUCCGUUUCACUCCUAAUAUUUUUAUCUAUCCUCACAUCUCGCUAUGCUGAAGAUGAUUUCUUGGAAUUAUUACCCAAAAGGCUGAUGAGAGGCCUUACAACACUCUUCUUUUCUAUCGCAGCCAUGAUGGUCGCUUUUAGUGUUAGUUUUUUCGUCCUUUAUCAAAACAUGAUAUGGAUACCUAUUGUUAUCAGUGCAAUUGCUUCCAUACCGGUUAUUUUAUAUGCUAGACUUCAGUAUGAUCUUCUGGGGGAUGUUUAUAACUCAACGUAUACUUCUAAGAAUCUCUUCAAGCCAGAAAAGCUAAAGAUUUACUAUCAAAAUCCAAAGCACUAAUACCUUGUCGUUUAAC